CUUCUUUCCCUUCCACAGUUUAGAUUUUAGAAAAACCCCCCUCAGAUCACCAAUACUUCCCCCUCUCUCUCUCUCUUCCCGCGCUCCGAUCACCACCUCUUCAUGGCGGUGGAGGUCCCGGAGGACGCCCCCGCCCCGGAAGUCGACGGCGACAUCGCCGCAGACCUCGAUAUGCAAGUCUCAGACGACGACGACGACACCUCAGACGGCGAACGCGACUACGAGAACGGCACCUCAGGCGAUGAGAACGACGACAUCGAGAUCACAGAGGCUGACGAGAACGACGACGACGACGGCUACGAGCUCAUCCACGAAGUCGACAACGACGAGUCGUCGGAGGAAGAGGUGGAGUGCGAUGAGACGUGGCUAGAGGAAGCUGAAUUCGCCGGAGGGCGCAAGUCCCAAGAGUGUACUUUGAUUUUGACACAAGGAAUGUCAACUUCAAGUCUCGCACUAAACGGCGUUGUUUCCAUGAAGGGUUGGGAAAGGUAUGGUGUUUACCCACUGGUAGGUGAAUUGCUGAACGUGAGAGAAGCUGGCUUCUUUGAGGUCAUGUAUAAUCCGAUUUUCAAGACGAUUAUGAAGGCUCUCGGACUUGAGCUAGAUGAAGAAUUUACCAGUACCGAAUCUUUGAGAUAUGGCCGGGUCAUUAUUAUGACUGCUGAACAGGAUCAUUAUGGUAGUUACAUCAAAGGGUUGUUGAUCAAUUUUCUUCACAUGUUCUGGCCAUCAUUGCUCAAGCUUCCGUCAUUUUUGGCCGAGCUUAUAGCUCCUCUUACCAUCAAGGCGACAAAAGAGAGUGAGGAAGGGAAAGAAAAACGUGUAUUCUAUUCCCUGCAAGAGUAUGAAGCUUGGAGGGAAAGUUUGAGGGGCAAUGCGAGUGGCUGGGCCAUUGAGAAGGAUGUAGCAUGUGUUUAUGAUGAAGGGAAGGAUUAUUUUGAAAAUCUUUUAAUGCAGAAGAAAGAUUUUGUUUGGGUAGAUGAACGUGAUGAUGAGGCAAUUGAGCUUGCUUUCAGCAAGAAGUUUGAGGUGGGAAGUUUGCAGUCUGGUAUGCAUCUUGAUCAUGAGGAGAAACUUGUAACUUAUAGCGACUUUGUUGACAAGGAGCUUAUACCCUUUUCCAUGCUUGCUGUUCUGCAACGCUCAAUUCCGUCAAUGGUUGAUGGCUUGAAGCCUCAUCAAAGAAAGGUUCUAUUCAGCUCUUUUAAGAGGGACGACUUUAUCAAGGAAGAAAUAGUUGCCAACUUUGCUAAUUAUGUGGCUGAACACUCGGCUUGUCCUGUGUGCGAGCCCUCAGCGUACCACCAUGAUGAGCAGAGUCUUGACAGUACAAUCAUUGAAAUGGCCCAGGCUUAUGUUGGCAGCAACAACAUUAAUCUUCUUUUACCAAGAGGUCUAUUUGGAAGCCGCCGAUUGGGAAGCAAAAUCCAUGGAAGCGUUCUUCAUCUUUCUACUCGACUUUCUCCCAUCACAAGGUUCCUAUUUCCAAAGGAUGAUGACAGGCUUCUGGACUACUUGCAUGAAGAUGGCAAAUCUAUUGAGCCAACUUGGUAUUUACCAAUUAUCCCAACGGUUCUUGUUAAUGGUAGCGAAGGUACUGGGCCUGCUGGGUGGAUCUCUUACAUCCCUAGUUAUAACCCAAGAGACAUUGUGGAAAACGUGAAGCGUUUGAUUAGUGAUGAUAGAAUGGUGCCCAUGGAUGAUGGAUCCUUGGUACAGAGGCUUUACCGGAACUACUGAGAAAACUGUUACAGAUUCUGGCGUGUGCUACAGUAC